CGUUUUUAUCAGUUUAGUGCUUGUGUUCUCUGAUUUUCAUUUAUUCACACAUACGAGAAAAAUUUAUCAAUAUUGUCUACGCGUGGGCAUGGAUUGCAAUAUGGAUAUAAAAAAGUAUAUAAAGACGGCUUUAGAAGAUCAAAAUUUUCGAACUUAUAAAAUUACAUUAGUCGGAUCCGGCGAAAAAUCUGAUGGGUAUGCUUCAGAUAUUACUUUCGCUACAGUUUUGGCUACUACAGAGGAAGAUGUCGAGAAGACUAUUGAGGUAGUUGUUAAGAGCAGCAGGAGAGACUUCCUUCAAACUAACAGAAAUGCAUAUGAGAGAGAAGCAUAUUUCUACAAAAUAAUUUUGCCUGCAUUCGCUAGAUUUCAAAAGAAAAAUAACAUAAAGCACAGAUUUAACUCUGUUCCGAAGUGUUACAAAACUGUGUCAGAUGAAAGUAUGGAAGUUAUCGUUAUGGAAAACUUGAGAAAAAAUGGAUACUAUUUGUAUAAUCGCAAAAAACCACUGGAUAUUCACCAUCUUAGGUGUGUACUAAGAGAAUAUGGCAAAUUUCACGCCAUUUCUUUUGCGUUAAAAACUAAAAGUAAAGUUGAUUUUGAAAACUUAGUCAAUAACUUUGACGAUGUUACCUUAGACUUUUUUACUGAAUCCUUCAAAAAUUCAAUUAAUCGGUGUUUGAAAAGAACCUGUGAUAUCGUGAAGAGUAUGGGAUACACAAAGUUAUACGAAAUGUGCAAUGAGAUACUGCAAAAGGGUGCUGACGUUACUAUGAUUGACAUCUUGAAAACCGUGGAACCGGAGUCAGCUAUCCUUCAUGGAGACUGUUGGAAUAACAAUUUCUUAUAUAAAUAUGAGGACACAGACCGCAAAAUUCCAUCAAAGGUUGCUAUCCUAGAUUGGCAAAUUUCAAAACUACAUUCUCCAGUAUUGGACUUGUCGUACUUCAUCUAUAGUACCUGCUCAGAAGAACAACUGCGACAUUUUGAUGAGUUAUUGGAUACCUACUACUCCAGUUUUUCUGUAUUUUUAAAAGACUUGGGAUGUGAUCCAGAAAAACUAUUCCCUUUUUGUACCCUACGAAGGCAUUGGAAGAAAUAUUCCUUACAUGGAGUGUUACUAACGACCAGCUUUCUUCACGUAACUAUAUGUGACAAGGAAGAGGUGCCAGAGUUUAAUGAUGUAGAAGAUUUAGGUGCAGCAAUAAUGAACGUGAACAUUACAGAUGAAGCAGAAUAUCGAAGAAGACUGGUCGCUGUGAUCAGUCAUUAUUAUAAUUACAACAAAUAAUAAAUUGUGCUAAAUCUAUA